AUGAAGAUUCUCGACCCCCAAGCUGCUGUUCUCACCAAUGUGGAGGUGUUGGCCUACCUAUCGGCCAACCCACCCCGCCGCCCUCCAAACCCACCUCCAAAUGCGCGACGAAACUGGGUUCCUAGCCCUGAUCUACGAGACCAUAAUACUGUGGUGAAAGAGAUCCACAACUAUAUCGCCCGAAUUUCUCCCCAUGUCCUUCGAUACCCUCGUUUCACAAAUCGACCCUCAUCCUCGCAAUCACAGUCUCAAGCAGCCAUGACAGGAACCCUGAAAACCAACGGUACCACUGACUCCGAGCACGCUGUCGCACCGCCUCAUUCUUCAGAUUCUACGCCCAUGGACAAUGCUAUCCGUGACCUCAUUGUCAAGCUGCGACCUUACAAACUUACCAAGGCGGAGCUCGUCAUGAUUUUAAAUUUGGGGCUUGGUGUUCCCAGUGGGGAUAGCGAAGCUGCAGCGGAAGAUGGAAUGGUUAAUGGUGAUGGUGCUAUGGAUGUCGAUGAAGAACAUGUGAAUGGUGAUGGCGAGGAGCAGGACGAAGGCGAGGACGAGGAGGAUGGAAGUGCCAUGGCGCUUUUCGAUACUGUGAUCGAAGAGCGGGAGGGUCGAAUGUCGGAUGAGGAUGUCUUGGCUAUCCUGAAGAUUGUCAAGGAGACACUGAAAGAGAAUUAA